AUGGCAGGGGCAGCGAGUGGAGGGGGACCGGACAUCCAGACAGGUCAGGCCGGGAGGCCCAACCGGAGGCCCUGGGGGACACCCUCUACCGCUGUGCCCGCUGUGCUGGAGCAGAUCAAACCGGUGGUACAUUGUGACCUGAAUGUGCCUUCCAGGUGGCAAACCUUCCAGCGAACGUCCCGGCUCGUCAAUGUUUUCACAAAUGGAAGACUAUUUAUCCCACCUGUAAAAAUUAUCAUACCCAAAUUCAGUCUGACGGAAUGGAAUAGCGUGCUGGCCAUGAUUGGGGAAAAAGUCUUCCCUCUAGGAGGCGUUCAAAAAUUAUUUACCAUGAACGGGCAUCUUCUGGACAACUCCAAGGAUCUGCAAGAUAACCACUUUUACGUGGCGGCAGGACCGGAGACCUUCAAAUAUUUCCCUUACUGGAAAUCCUCUAAGGUGCCCAGGGAGGUCCAACGAAAGUACGCGGACAUCGAGAAAUACUCAAGAGAAAAGAAAAAAGAGGAUUCCAAAGGAAAAGAAACGCAUAAGCAUGACAGCAUUCCCCGUAAGGAACGGGAUUCUGUUUUUUACGCCAGAGCGGGGAAGAAGAAGACGCUGGUGGAACCCUCAUUCCAAAGAGGUUCAGAAGGUGACGUGUUUAGAGCCCAGACUCCAAGCGCGGAUACCCGGGAGGCGCCGGAAGUCAAAGAAGACAGCAGUUUGCAGGUGGAGGUGCCGGUGGACCAGACGCCGGCUGAGAUAGUCACGGAAGACGAAGAGAUACACGAUAACCCCUCUGAUUUCGAAAGCAUCCAGGAAAAGGAAGAUGAAGGGUCUUAUGAAGAUAAUGGAAGAAAGCUCCCUCUGGCUCCCAAUGGGUCCCGGGGUAUCUUCGAUGUGUCCGUCACCCUUGUCACCGUGCAGGGAAGGGAGGUCAAGUUCAAGGAGAUGCUCAGGUGUGCCCAGGUGACUGCACACCAGCGAAUUUACGUCCCUACACUUGCUUGUGGCCUACUUGCUCGAGACAUCCCCCUGCUCCUCAUUGGGUCCCUCAGUCCUUUGGCCAGUGUCACUGUGUGUGACAAAGUCCACCAGAGCUUCUUCGACGGUGGGGAAGGGGCUAAGAAAGAGAGGAAGUGA